AUGGUCGACAUGGAGAGCCACUACCAUCCCCCAUCUCCCCUGGAGGACUCGGUGCUGGACAGCCCCCUCUGCGCCGAUGAUGACUUCAUGAGCGGCAUGGAGGAGCUACAGGACAUCUCCCAGUCCAUCGACAGCGAUGCCCUCAGCUCCUUUGAUGUCCCUGAAUACCAGUCCUCCAGCAAUGGCUCAGAAGGUUCAACUGUCCUAGAUGCCCUGACGCCAGCGUCCAGCCCCUCAUCAGUUGUUUACGGGUUGGCAGCGGGCCAGGAGGAUUUCUCAUCUUCCUCCUCAUCGCUCAAUCUGGAGUGUCGAGUCUGUGCUGACCGCGCCUCGGGCUACCACUACGGAGUCCACGCCUGCGAGGGCUGCAAGGGCUUUUUUCGGCGGACCAUCCGUCUGAAGCUGGAGUAUGACAAGUGUGAGCGCCGCUGCAAGAUCCAGAAGAAGAACCGCAACAAGUGCCAAUACUGCCGCUUCCAGAAGUGCCUGUCAGUGGGCAUGUCCCACAACGCCAUCCGUUUUGGUCGGAUGCCCCAGUCGGAGAAGCUAAAGCUGAAGGCGGAGAUGGUGACGGGGGACAGGGAGGUGGAAGACCCUCAGCUAGCGGACCAGAAGACGCUGGCCAAGCAGAUAUAUGAGGCCUACCUCAAGAACUUCAACAUGAACAAGGCCAAGGCUCGAACCAUUCUCACCGGCAAGACCAGCACCCCUCCAUUCGUUAUCCAUGACAUGGAGACCCUCCAGCUGGCAGAGCAGACGCUGGUGGCCAAGAUGGUGGGCUCUGCGGGAGCACUGAAGGACAGGGAGGCGGAAGUUCGGAUUUUCCACUGCUGCCAGUGCACAUCGGUGGAAACGGUCACAGAGCUCACAGAGUUUGCGAAGUCCGUCCCGGGGUUCUCGAGCCUGGACCUCAACGAUCAGGUGACUCUUUUGAAAUACGGGGUGUACGAGGCUCUCUUUGCCAUGCUCGCCUCCAGUAUGAACAAGGACGGGCUUCUCGUAGCGUACGGCUCAGGCUUCAUCACCCGGGAGUUCCUCAAGAGCCUGCGGCGUCCGUUCAGUGAUAUGAUGGAGCCCAAGUUCCAGUUUGCCAUGAAGUUUAACGCGCUGGAGCUGGACGACAGUGACCUGGCUCUGUUUGUGGCCGCUAUCAUCUGCUGUGGAGACCGACCGGGCCUGGUGAACGUGGCGCACAUCGAGCGGAUGCAGGAGAGCAUUGUGCAGGUGCUGCAGCACCAUCUGCUGGCCAACCAUCCGGACGACACUUUCCUCUUCCCCAAGCUGCUGCAGAAACUGGCUGACCUCCGGCAGCUAGUCACUGAGCAUGCACAGCUGGUGCAGGAGAUCAAAAAGACAGAGGACACCUCGCUGCACCCGCUCCUGCAGGAGAUCUACAGAGACAUGUACUGAGGAUUGUGGAUGAAUAACCAGGAGAGGCACUCUACAAACCAACUCUUUUUUUUUUUUUUUUUCAGGGACAGAACAAUAGUCCUCCAUAAGCUAGGGUUGAACCACUUAACCCCCCCCCCCUCCCCAAUGCAGCACGAAUUAGCUUUGGUUAGCAUAAGAAGUCCUGUUUAGGAUCAAGCAAGAAGGUGGUGAUUCUCAAAGUCAUGUAUGCAACGAUGUGAUGUACAGCUGAUUGAGCUCCCAUCAAGACAGCAGUGUAUGCAAUCUCUGACCAAACCCUUGCGUGAAAACACUAAAUGCUAACUUAAAGUCUUUCCCUGACCCUUAACAAAAAUGAGGAAAGAGAUUUGACAGUUGCCACUCCAGCAGUAUGUUUGAAAGUAGAUUUUUAUACUGAUGUCAAAGAGCAAAGAGCCAUAUACCCACAGUUAACAACACCCGAAUGACUUCUGUGGCAGCAGCGUCAUUAAGACAGUAAUGAUACCGUUUUCAAGCGAGGCAGCUUCCGCCAAAUUGGCUACCAAUAAAGGGUGGUCACCCAUGCACCAGCCCUCCAGCAUGUUUCUUUACCUUUUUAUACCCAGGGACACAACUGUCACCAGGGCCCUGAAUAUAAUCACUUAUUUGUACUGUAAGUCUUCUAAGCCAUACCUUGUUUUUAAUGAUACUGGCAAUGAGGAAUGUCUUUCACAUGUACACAAACUGUUCAGGCAAUAGUAUUUUUACACUUCACAAUAAGGUGGCAAAAUCUUAAAGUUUAUAAGAAAAUUUGAAGUUUUUUGCAGGCUGAAAUGGCUACAGGCACAGAUUCACUGUGUACAUGCACCACAAUGCACAUCUGAAGCACAAACACGCCUGAGAUAUGUUAACAUGACACAAUUUUAUACUGGACCUCUGUUGAAUGCCUUUUUCGCAAAACACAUGCACAGACGUUUGGCACUCCAUCCUGUUUUGUGUCCUGGUAUUCAAGGGCUAACACCAAGUUAAACCGCAUUACAACCUUAAUACAGGCAGACUAAGGGCAGAUUUGCGGAAAAUGAGUCUGCUUCUUAAUUUUCUCAGUCACAUAAGCCCGGUUCCUCAAAAUCACACCUCAUUAAUUUUUCUCUCAGUCAGUCAUUUUGUCUCUCACCUCUUUCUCCUGUCAGUCCCGCUGCCUUCUAUUGUGUUUCACUGGCUGUGUUUGGUCCUCAAAACACAUGUAGUUGUUCAAGAUUCAGGGGUCUUAUGUGCGCAUUUUUUAUACAGUAUGAUGGCGAAUCAAAAGAAUGAUCCUUUUCUUCAUAGAGGAAAAUCAUGAUGGUGUGGCCUCACAGAUUAAACCAAUAUUCUCUGCUCUUACUUGAUUCAAUAAGUGAGAUAAAGCCAGUUCGACUUUUUAAACGGCUAAAAAAAAAAAAAUGAGUCAAGACAUUUUAUCACAAUUAGACAGGUAUAUAAUGAUGGACGAAGACCAAAUACAUUUCCAUAUGGUUUCAUUUAGGUGUUUUUGUGCUCCAUCUUUUAUGAUAACUGUGCAUGUGAAAACGCCACUCCUGUAUUUUGUUAUCAUACUUCCUUUUGUAAAAAAAAAGAAAAGAAAAGAAAAGAAAAAAAUGAACGUGCUACACAGAAGACCCAUAGUAAAGGAAUGUUGAUGGCGAAAACAUGCAUGUCUGAUAGUUUGGAUAAUAUAUAUGCGGAUCUGUGAGAGAAUGAUUUCCCUCCAUCUGCUUAUCCAACCUAAACUUGCUAAAAUCACCAUGAAUUGAUUGAAAUUCAGUCACGAGAAAUGGACCUUGUGUUUAAAAUGACAUCACGUUGUAUAGACAGAGUAUACUGUACAUAGCUGAAAUGAUCACACUGACUGCUUGCCCCAACUUUUAACUCUUGAGGGAUACAAGGUACUAAUGAUGAUCAACUUUUGUAUUCCUCCGUUUGGUAAAUACUUUUAAAUGUUUGAAAUUUUACAGUAAAUGUAGUUAUGUACUGUACAUUCUUUUUUUUUGCUUAAAUGCCACAUAAUUGUGUUUUAACUGAAUUGGAUCAUAUUUUUAUACUAAAAUAUAUAUGUAUGACUAAAUCAGAUCAUUGUUUAUUUGAAAUGGCACGAUUGAAGAGUGCAGUGUAAAUAGAAUUAAGGGUACUAGGGCAACUGGUAAUCUGAAUAUCCAUAGAUCUGAAUCCCACUGGGGACAUUCCUUUUGUUAAUGGCUGUUUUGUAGGAAGAGAACCAUCAAGGCUACAAUAUGCAUUUGGUUCAUUUCCACUGUAUCUUCAAUUAUGCUCUUAUGAAGCAUACAAGGGCUGCGCAGGGCCGUACUAGCUCACAACUUUCGGGUGGCUGAUUAAAACUUGACCUCCGUGACCUCUCAAUACAAUGAAAACUACAUUUAUCAUUUGAAAGGUCAAGCUACAACUCAACACUGAUCAUACAGUACUGGUCUCCUCUUUUAUACUCUGUUCUCAGGUUGCACAUUAAAAAAAAAA